AUGCCCCAUCCGGUUCUCUUGCUAUUGAUUGCUCUGCACUGGUGUCUGAUCCAUACACUUGCCGUGCCGACAUUCAACGGUCAGCCAGCCGUAUCUGAUGACUUGCUCCGUGACGGACGAUUUGACUAUGUUGUCGUCGGAGGCGGAACCGCAGGUAUCGUCGUGGCCACUCGCCUAGCACAGAGAUCCUAUACCGUUGCGCUAAUCGAAGCUGGUGGAUUUUACGAGUACCAAUCCCUUGCUGCUAUUCCCUUGGGAGACAUAAUCCCUGUUGGAUCAGAUCCACGCAACAAGUUCAGCAUCGAUUGGGGAUUUGUAACUGAAAAUCAGCCCGGGGCAAACAAUCGACCUAUUCACUAUGCCCGAGGAAAAUGCCUCGGCGGAUCACCCACACGAGGUGCCAUGGAGCGAUGGGCUACUGCUGUAGGUGAUAGCAGCUACACAUUUGAUCGCGUUCUGCCAUAUUUCAAGCGGAGUGUCCAGUUUACGCCUCCCAACCAGUUGACCCGAUUCCCCAAUUCGACACCAUCGUUCGACCCAGCCGCUUACGAUCCCCAAGGAGGGCCAUUGCAUGCGUCGUACCCUAACUACGCCAUGCCAUUCUCAUCGUGGAUGAGACUCGCAAUGAACGCCAUCGGAAUCCCUGACCGGGAUGAGUUCAACCUCGGGUCUUUGUUGGGGGGCCAGUAUUGUACAAGCACCAUCCGACCGCGGGACCAGAAAAGAAGCAGUUCCGAAAGCUCAUUCCUUGAGACGAAACCUCCUCUUCUGACUACGUACACUUAUGUAUUGGCAAAGAAGAUACUGUUCGACUCUCAAAAACACGCCACGGGCGUUUUGGCUAAGAGUAAACUCGGUGAGUUCAGGCUGCACGCCGACAAAGAGGUCAUUGUGUCUGCGGGUGCAUUCCAAUCACCUCAGUUGCUCAUGGUGUCUGGCAUUGGCCCGGCAAAGACACUCGAAGAUCAUGGCAUACCGGUUCUGGCCGACCGUCCUGGAGUCGGUCAGAAUAUGUGGGAUCAUCCACUGUUCGCCCUUUCGUACCGGGUUGGGAUGCCAACGGCCUCGACGGUGGUGACGAGCAUUUCAUACCUUCUCAGGCAAGCGGCCAAUGCUGCUAUCUUCCGACAAGGACCCUUUACCAGCCCUAUCACGGAUUACUUAGGAUGGGAAAAGAUCCCCACUAGCCUGCGGGCUAACUUCUCCAGAGAAACUUUGCAGGAUCUAGCACGCUUUCCCAAUGACUGGCCAGAGGCAGAGUACUUAUCCGCGGCAGCAUAUGUCGGCGAUGUUUCCAAGCCUGUCUUGAUUCAACCCAGGGAUGGCUAUGAUUACGCAUCAAUACUUGGUGUCCUUGUCGCUCCAACAUCCCGAGGCAACGUAACAAUCCGGUCAGCAGACACCUUCGACCUUCCGACUAUCAAUCCUAACUGGCUUUCCACCGAAACCGAUCAGGAAGUGGCAAUUGCCACAUUCAAGCGAACACGGCAGGCCUUUGAAAGCGGUGCUAUGGCGCCUAUACUGAUCGGAGAUGAAUACUAUCCAGGGAAUCGUGUGCAAUCCAAUGCAGAGAUCCUGGAGUUUGUCAAAGAUAACAUGAUGACCAUCUGGCAUGCCGCUUGCACUUGCAAGAUGGGGACCGCGAAGGAUGCAAUGGCAGUGGUGGAUUCUCACGCAAGGGUGUUUGGAGUUGACGGCUUGCGUGUUGUCGAUGCGAGUGCAUUCCCGCUUCUUCCUCCAGGUCACCCGCAAUCAGUCGUGUACAUGCUUGCCGAGAAGAUCUCCGAUGCCAUCGCUGCGGCUAACGGAACAACUGAAAGGCGUUAA